CUCAGCUACAGCUAAGUGACUGCUGAAAAACAAAGGCAGCGAGCCGAGCCUGGGAAAUGCCAUUCUUUAUAGAGGAAAUGGACUUCAAACAAUCAAUGAUGCUGUUCUUUGAACGGUGAAAUAAGAGAAGUGUUAUCACUGCUCCCGCUGUUUCUUUGAAGACUCUCGCAACAGUAAGUGACUAAAUCGGCUUUUGAGAAUCCACAGGUUCCUCGUCUUUGCUCGUUUUCUUUUUUCUUCUGAGUUUCUGGAUGGAUCUGGACUGAAUGACAGCAGCACAGGGAGUGUUGUAUCGCAUGUAGCCGUCUCGCAUCACGGACUUGUUUAUUGCACCCAGUGGAGUGAAUAAUUGAAGUUAGUGCUUUCUAGAUAGAUGAUGAAUUGUGAGUCAGGGGGUUGUAUGAAGACUUUUUUUCGAAUGAGCAUUUAGGGAUUUCAGAGACUCUUUUCUACAACUUUUGUCGUUUUAAAUCCUGCCUUUGAACGGACAGUUGUGUUCAGUGUCGAAGAAGGAAGUUUCCUGCACGCUUGUCUGCCGAGGAGAGGCGCUGUCCGUGGUCCUGGAGUCAUUUCAACAACUCUUGGCUCGUGUGACUUAACAGUUAAAGGUGACACUGUCCGCCAGCAGGAUCAGAAAGAGCUUAAUAUGGUAACUCAAACCAAAGUUCAUCUGCAAACGUUGGUACUUUUGUUGUUUGUUGUCCAUCUGAGCAAGCCAGUAUGUGUCGACAUCCCGUCGGAGACUGAUGCGGUCCUGGGGAAAUCCAUGAAGUUGACUUGCAUCUACUGUUUAAAGAGGGAUGAGCUCAAGUCGAAGACAUGGGUAGAUUGGUACUACAUGCCAAAUAAAACAAAUGACAGCCUUCUUCAGAAGAUUCAUAUAUUCAAGUUUGUUAUUGACCGUCCAGAUGAAUUGGCUGGACCAUAUAGCCGUCUGACAUGGAAUGGGACCCAGGACUUGCAAGAUCUCUCCAUUGCAAUAAUCAACGUCACCUAUAAUGACCGUGGCGUCUAUGAAUGCUGGGUACGACGCGAGUUUGAGUUUGACUCCUUCACUCCCUCGGCCUUUAUCACCAAGACAAUCGAGCUGAAGGUGAAAGCAGAAGCCCCUAAAGACUCCACAGCGAUCUACUCUGAGAUCAUGAUGUAUGUGCUGCUUGUUUUCUUGACCUGCUGGCUGGUAGUAGAGAUGGUCUACUGUUACAGGAAGAUCUCCAAGUCUGAUGAGCAGGCACAGGACACAGCGAAUAACUACCUAGCCAUUCCCUCUGAGCAGAAAGACAACCCAGCUGCUCCUGUUACCAAAUAAAAGCGGUUGUCAAUGACACGGUAUUAACCAUGAUGGGCUUCAGUGUCAUAUGGCAGAAAAUAUAUACCACAACCACAUCUUUGCCACUAUGAAAGUAUGACAUUCUCAUACACGGGAAUCCUGCCCCUGUGUAUCAACUGUGUUAUGCUAAGAGUGAAAAAUGUGCUUAAUUUUUCUCCUUCUGUUCUACUGUUUUUUGUUUACCUUCGUGCCAGGUUUCUGAAAUUAAGUGCUUUCACAAAUACAGAAGGUUAAGGAACAAAAACGUAAGUGUCCUGCACUUAUUAUUAAUUCAAUAUCAGCCAUGCUUCGUUUGGACCUGCCAGUGCGUAGAAGUAGGAAAUCUUUUCUUAGUAGAUAAUGGUGCCUCCGUGAUUUCUCACCUAUAACAGAAAAUAUCCAAUGAAGAAACUGUCCUACUGGAGGCUGUACAACUGAUACACUGACUCUGUUUAGUGCACUUUGUUUGAUUACAAUUUUAUAGACCACGCUUACAUUUUAGGUCACAGUAUUUGUAUUGGCCAAUAUCUUUCUCAUGUAUUUUUAAGGAAAAUGGUUUGCAAAGCUUUUAUACUGUAUGGCUGUGUAGUCUGCGCUGUUUUGCUGUGUACUUCAGUGCAAUAGAAAAACUGAAAAAUGGACAAAAUUGUAUUGAUUCUCUAAUUUGAGUUUGAAUCCAUCAGGAUAUCUUUCCUAUGGUCAUCUUCCUCUGUAUAAAUCUUUUAUCCAUGUUCAGGACAAAUUAUUGCGAACAACUUCUCUAAAACUUAUUCUCAAGCUUUGACUGUUGUUGGUGGUCUACAGAUAAUUGCUAUUGAGACUUAAUGUGUGCCUCCUUUUAUAUUACAACACUAAAGAAGUGUUUUUAAAUGUUUGUGAAUCAAUCAUACCACGCUGUUCUUUGUCCACUACAGAUAUGUGCGUAUGAGCUGCUA